CAAGCUUCCUGUAAGUGCAGAUGCAUUAGAUCGCUCCCUAUUCGCAAAACCCUACGCCAAAGCCCUAAACUCUCUCGAAGGGGGAAAAAAAAAAUCCUAAUCGAAAGAUCCCAAACGUCCAAUGUCCGCCGCUAGAUCCGUCUUUCGCUCCGCCGCAAGCCGGGCAUCCGCCGCGGCGUCUAGAUUCUCCACCGUACCCAAGGCCAAGCCGGCAUCGCCGCAGUCUGCUUUUCGAACGCCUAAACAGAGCCCUUUUUCAAACCGCAUUUUCAGAUCUCCGGUAGAACUGAGCUGUUGCGUGGAGACGAUGCUCCCUUACCACACUGCCACUGCUUCUGCUUUGCUCAAUUCGAUGCUCUCGGCUUCACGCCGUGGUUGGAUCGUUGAAGAUGGAUGACUCUUCUUCUCAACAUUGCAGUAACCAGGAAGAUUUUGUUUAAGAUUCUAAGAAAGACAACUUGUGUUGAUUCUUUAACCAUAAAGAGGUGUUUCUGCAAAUGUUUUUAACUAUUUUACUUAAUAAAUAAAUAUCCAAGUGAAUCGUUGAAUCAAAUAUCCUCGCAUUCCCAUCGCCCUCUAUUGUAGCUCUUUUGUAGUUUGUUGGCAUCUUAAGUUAUUUAUAUAUCUGAUUAAUAA